GCGCCGCUCUUCGGGCGCUAUAAGAGGCAGGGCGGCUGGUCGCGCGAAAACAGUUUCCCGCUCUCGCCGCCACCAUGUUCGAGGCGCGGCUGAUCCAGGGCUCGCUGCUGAAGAAGGUCCUGGAGGCUCUCAAGGACCUCAUCACUGAGGCCUGCUGGGACCUGGGCUCGGGCGGCAUCAGCCUGCAGAGCAUGGACUCCUCGCACGUCUCACUGGUGCAGCUCACCAUGCGCUCUGAGGGCUUCGACACCUACCGCUGCGACCGCAACAUCGCCAUGGGCGUCAACCUCGUCAGUAUGUCCAAAGUGCUCAAGUGUGCUGGUAAUGAUGACAUAAUCACCCUGAGAGCAGAAGACAAUGCAGAUACGCUGGUUUUGGUAUUUGAAGCACCAAAUCAGGAGAAGGUUUCAGACUAUGAAAUGAAAUUAAUGGAUUUGGACGUAGAACAGCUUGGAAUUCCAGAACAAGAAUACAGCUGUGUGGUGAAAAUGCCCUCUGCUGAAUUUGCACGCAUUUGCCGCGACCUCAGUCACAUUGGAGAUGCUGUUGUAAUCUCCUGCACAAAAGAUGGUGUUAAAUUUUCUGCCACUGGUGAACUUGGAAGUGGAAAUGUCAAACUCUCACAAACCAGUGAUGUUGAUAAAGAGGAGGAAGCUGUAACAAUAGAGAUGAAUGAACCAGUCCAGCUGACUUUUGCUUUGAGAUAUUUGAAUUUCUUUACUAAAGCUACACCUCUCUCUCCUACCGUUAUACUCAGUAUGUCUGCAGAUGUUCCCUUAGUUGUGGAAUACAAGAUAGCAGAUAUGGGACAUUUGAAAUAUUAUUUGGCUCCAAAGAUUGAAGACCAAGAAGAAUCGUAAGGAAUUAAGGGGAAAAAAUGUGAUUUUGUGAGGCUGGUAGCCAGUAUCCCUUUCAGUUAUUCAGUCUUGGUGCACCACAUGCACUUAGACCCAAUUGUAGAUAUUUCUCUGUAAAUAUUUAUCCUUUUAUUAUGUGAGUACCUUCUUUAAAAUAGUCAUAGCAGCUGUUUUUAUUAUUCAACUUUUAGUCCAUUUCAUAAAAAGAAUGCCAUAUUUAAAACAAACAACUUGUGUGUGAAGCCUGUGGCCCUUCAGAUUAUUCAUAAUGACCAUACCUGGGAGCUGGAAUUCAGCAGCAUAGGUGAACCAUGAGUUUUUCUUCACCCCUUUAUGCAAAACAAGGAUGUUAAUGACUGCAAAAAGCAGCGUUUGGAAACAAAACUGUUUUAAUGGCUUAUCUUGAAACAGGAAUCCUCAGAAAUGAACACUUUUCAAUAAAGAAUACUUCAUUUUUUUUUUUU